UACAGGCUCCGUCCCGAAUCCCGAUCACCUUUUAUAGUUUGAAGAAGAAGAAAGAGGCGGCGGCGAGAUCAACCAUGGAGGAGAGCACCAACGCGCCUGCCGGCGCCGGAAACUGCCCGCCGCUCGGCACCCUGCCGGUGCUCGUGUACGACCACGGGCGGGGCCCCAACAACCGGCAGACGGCGUUCGCCAUCGGCGACGAGAGCCUCCACACGAGCGUCGUGCCGGAGCUGGCGAACAACUACUACCACGCGACCCCGCACGGCUGGGUCCUCCUCGUGGCGCCAGGGCCGUCGCCGUGCACCCGCCUGUGGGAUCCCCGCUCCGGGCAUGGAGCGCGGGCUGCCCGAGGACUGAGAGUGCUGUCUAUCCGACGCGCCCACCGCGCCAUCGUGCAUCGUGCUCGUGCUGGACAUAAAGAAGCCCAGGUUCCUGUACUGCCGCGUCGGCGACAGCCUCUGGUCGGUGCAUGAGUACGACAUCGGCGACGAGAAGCUGCCACCCGAAUACGCGCCGCCAAGAAAGCUCGUCAGCCAGCAGACGGCGGCGGUGGACGGGAAGUUCUAUUUCGGAGAGACCGGAAAGCUGGGGUCAUCGAUUUCUCGCCGGCAACGCCGGAGUUCA